GAAAAGAAAAAGAAGAUCAACAGUGGAGAAGAAGAAACCCAACAUGGGAAUUGCAGCAAAACAAGAAGGUAUCUUCUGCUUGAAAUGGCCUUGGGACAUCCAUCAAAACCCUAAAAUUUCAAGUUCUAAUCCCUGCCAGUUCGAAGAUCCCUGGCUCUUAAAAUCUAUGCAAAAUCUCGGACUCCUCGCUACCAAUCUCUUCGAUUCAGCUUUUAAAAUCUCCGACCCCUCCACCAAAUCCUUCAAACCCUUCCAUUUCGAUAUCGGAAUUAAACCAUUUUCUUUCAAUCAAGGAAUCAAUGGGAAGAGGAAACAGUUUUUGUCCCCCGAAGAACAAGGUGAAGCUGAACACCGAGCUCUAGCUUCAGCUCUGGCCAGCGGUAAAGAGGCUACAGUUAUUGAGUUCUACUCUCCCAAAUGUAGACUUUGCAAUUCUAUGCUUAAUCUCGUCAUGGAGAUAGAGACAAGGAAUUCGGACUGGCUUAAUAUUGUCUUGGCGGAUGCGGAGAAUGAGAAAUGGCUACCUGAGCUCCUCUAUUAUGACAUCAGAUAUGUCCCUUGUUUUGUAAUCCUGGACAAAUAUGGGAGAGCAUUAGCAAAAACCGGUGUUCCAUCUAGCCGGCUUCAUGUAGUGGCCGGUCUUUCUCAUCUUCUCAAAAUGAAGCAGCCUCAGAAAAGCGCUGCCAAAAAUUCACCGUCAGGACCAGGUUAACCAAAAUCAAGUUCCUAAAAUCCAUGUAAAUUCAUUUGAAAGUGUGAUCUUUUUCAAUGUAAGGCAUUAUACUUAUCUAAGUUUGAUGAUUUGUGCACACUUAAAAAUCAGAGUUUCCGGACUUAAUGUGGAGGACUUUGAUAGAGGUUAGCUUAGAUGUUUUUUAAAUCAGAAGAGGAAAUGAACUCUGAGUCAUCUUUGAAUUUUGAAGCUUCGAGGAAAAAUAUUUGAAACUUGGCGACC